UGUUUCAGAAAUAUAGAAGGAUAAGUGGGUGCCGUUGCAAAGGCUAUACCUUACUGAGCAGCCAACCACAACAACAACGACACCGCCGGUCUGCCACCUGAAACUGCCCUUGGGAUGGCACAGUCGCUAAGGAAUACGCUCAAUUUAUCCCACAGGUUGUGUGUGUCAACCCAAUGGUGGUGUCAACGAAAUAUCUCAACAGCCUCUACACCACUCUUCUUCAGAUUAACACAGGGUCUUGGGGCAGAACCUUUAAAGAAAAAGAAGAGGAUAGAUCCGAUGAUUAUUCGUCAGAAAGAGGAACGCCGAAAGAAGAAAAUUGAGAAGAUGAUUCGACGUUUAGAGAAGAAUGCUGGCCAGUUGAAGCCAAUAGAUGAGCUGGAGGUGCCUCAUGCUUUAAUGCAGCAGAUGGACAUCAGGAAGAGACAGGAGGUGCCUAUCAGUGAAGAAGUGGCAGAGCAGCGAGCACAAUUGGCCAAACAGUGGUGCCACUACAAGUUUGAACAGCACCAAGUGGAAGUCACCAUGCUCAAGAAAAUCAUGGUGGCAAGAGAUCAAGCCCUGGAGGAAUUACGGCAGGAGUCAGAAGACCUGUGGCUGGAAGCAAUACAAGUGGACCCUGCGUUGCUACCCUUUAGGGCCAAGGGACCUGUGGCAACUCCACCAAUCAAGGAUUAUGACACCCCAGAUGGAGAAUAUUAUAAUAUCACCAAGAAGUGGGAUUAAAUUGAACAUGCUUUUUUUUUUACUUUACUUCCCUUGGUUAUUGCAAGGAUCUUAGUGUUUUGUGUAUAUAAAGAAAUUAUGUAAAAUUGGACUACCAUGAUGAAUGUUUAAAAUAAUCCAAAUUUUAA